AUGACCACCACUAUACUGGACAACAGGAUGGAGACUUUGCAAAUAGUUUCCAACAUGGAUCGGUCUUGUACGCCAUCUCCACCACAUUCGCCGAGCCUCCGCAAUGAGAGCUGUAAUAUUGCACCACUCACGCCAUCUGAAUCUCCGAGGAGCGAGCACAGAGCGGUGAGAACCUCACGUUUUUUUGUGGUUGUGGCAAUCGAUUUUGGAACCACGUCCAGUGGCUACGCCUUCAGCUUUUCUAAAGAUCCAGAGGCCAUUCACAUGAUGAGGAAGUGGGAAGGAGGAGAUCCUGGUGUCGCCAACCAGAAAACACCAACCAGUUUGCUGCUGACACCCGACAAAGCUUUCCACAGCUUUGGAUACACAGCCAGGGACUACUACCACGAUCUAGACCCGGAGGAAGCCAGAGACUGGCUCUACUUUGAAAAAUUUAAGAUGAAAAUACACAGCACCAGCGACCUUACUAUGAAAACUGAACUGGAGGCAGUAAAUGGAAAGAAAGUCCAAGCGUUGAUGGUAUUUGCUCAUGCUCUUAGAUUUUUCAAGGAACAUGCUGUAAAGGAACUUAAAGACCAAUGUCCCUCCCUGAAUGAGAAUGAAGGAAUCCGAUGGGUUAUCACUGUGCCAGCAAUCUGGAAGCAACCGGCCAAGCAGUUCAUGAGAGAAGCCGCCUACUUGGCUGGUUUAGUAUCUCCUGAAAAUCCAGACCAGCUGCUGAUUGCCCUGGAACCAGAAGCAGCCUCCAUAUAUUGUCGCAAACUGCGCCUGCACCAGCUCAUCGAUCUGAGCUCAAAGGCUUUCUUCAAUGGAUUCCCCUCUGAUCGAAGCAUCGACUCCAGCUUCAGGCAAGCAAGAGAGCAACUCCGUCGAUCCAGACACAGCAGGACGUUUCUAGUGGAGACAGGAAUGGGGGAACUUUGGUCUGAAAUGCAGGCAGGUGAUCGUUACAUUGUGGCAGACUGUGGAGGGGGCACAGUUGAUCUCACUGUCCAUCAGAUUGAACAACCACAAGGAACGCUCAAAGAGCUAUACAAGGCAUCAGGUGGUCCUUACGGAGCAGUUGGCGUGGACCUCGCUUUUGAAAAUAUGCUUUGCCAGAUCUUUGGAGAAGACUUUAUACAUACAUUCAAACUUAAGCGGCCUGCGGCCUGGGUGGAUCUUAUGAUUGCUUUUGAAGCCCGAAAGAGGACAGCAGCACCACAGAGGGCCAAUCAUCUCAAUAUCUCCCUACCCUUCUCCUUCAUUGACUUCUACAAGAGGAACAAGGGUCAGAAUGUGGAAACAGCUCUGAGGAAGAGCAGUGUGAACUUUGUGAAGUGGUCAUCACAAGGCAUGCUCCGGAUGUCCUCAGAGGCCAUGAACGAGCUGUUCCAACCAACCAUCCAGCAAAUAGUUCAGCACAUAGAGGAUCUAAUGAAGAAACCAGAUGUUAAAGGCAUCAAGUACUUGUUUCUAGUGGGAGGUUUUGCAGAAUCUCCAAUGCUCCAAAAUGCUGUCCAACUGGCUUUUAGUGACAUCUGCAGAGUCAUUAUCCCACAAGAUGUUGGCCUCACCAUACUAAAAGGAGCCGUCCUCUUUGGUCUUGAUCCAACUAUAGUGAGAGUGAGACGCUCUCCACUGACCUAUGGAGUGGGUGUGUUAAAUAAAUUUGUGGAAGGGAAACAUCCUAAAGAAAAGCUGCUGGUUAAAGAUGGAAAGAAUUGGUGCACCGAUAUCUUUGAUAAAUUUGUUUCCGUGGAUCAGUCGGUGGCACUCGGAGACAUAGUACAGCGGAGCUACUGUCCAGCUCGCCUUGGGCAACGUAAAAUCAUCAUCAACAUUUACUGCUCUUCCACUGAUGAUGUGGUAUAUAUCACGGAUCCCGGUGUCCGAAAAUGUGGGACUAUUAACUUAGAACUACCAGACAUCAACGAGUCCAACUCAAAGAUAAGUCGCCGGGAGAUCAGAGCAAGCAUGCAGUUUGGCGACACGGAAAUCAAAAUGACUGCUAUGGAUAUCAAAACGUCAAAAAUAGUCAGAGCUGCCAUUGACUUUCUUUCCAACUAAAAAUAGACCUCUUCAAAACAUUUUAGGAAUAAUUUCACUUUUUAAUCAUUUUCAGGACUUAACUCUUUGUACAAAAAUGUACAUGCAUAGCUGUUACAGUCCUAGCAACAGGCCUUUGAGAAUUUAUCGAAGUUCUCAUAUGUACUGUAGUAUUAUGUAGUAAUGAAGUACCCCAUGAUACAUGCACAUCUCUGCACAAAUAAUUAAUCCCCACAACUUCAAUAGCAAUUAACAAUCACUAAUCUGUAUAAAUGUAGACACAUGAUCUGUAUCAGAAUGUCCGUGUUCUUUAGAGGAACAUUGUGUUUCCAGUCACACAGCAGAAGGCGAUUAAUAAUGUCUUUCAACGAUUACAUUGAAUAGUCCAUCAUCUUGUAUUCCUUGUUAAAAGCCACAUUCCUAUCAGUCACAGAACUGCCUCUCUCAUUCGGAGACAAACGUCUAAUGGCUGCCUAAAUCAUUCGCAGUGAAAUGGAUUUAUUGCAGAUAUUAGAGUAACUAAUGCUGAACCAUUUCAUAUGGAAAUUGCAGUUAUCAAAAACAUUCGCCAUUUGCCAUACCAAAGCUUGGAACAGAAAGCGGUAUUAGAUCACGUAUAUACAUAUAUUUCCCCCCCUUUUUAAUGUAUUAUUUGUAAUCACUUUGCUUAGAAGUAAUGAGAUAUUUUCUUAUAAUAAGGGCUUUCUGUAACUUGCCAACAAAGAUUAUGAUUUCUGAUUUUAAGAUUUACCACCAUUGUUCACAAGGGAAUCUGAUAGACUGUAAAACCAGAUAGAUUUAUCACCCGUGAUCGCAUACAGCGUUGUCCAGCUCUCUUGAAUAAUAUUACAGCAGUCGUGAUCUUGGCAGUAAUAGCCAGUGGAAAUAAAAUGGUAGAUUGAUACAAAUGAGCAAUAUUGGUCUCUAAAGACCUUGGAGAAAGAAUAUGUUACCAGCUGGUAAAGGCAGCCUUGGGUAGAGCGUUUCCCCAUAAUCUUGGCUAGUUUGAGCUGUAACAGGGAGAGAUGAUCUGCCUUACGUUAAGCACUUACACAAUGUUGAGGAUCUCUAGAAAAUACUAUGCAAGAUGCGUUUGGGGAGGGGUGCACAGACGAGCCCCUUUCAUACACUCUGUAACUUACUAAUGCCAGUGUCUUUUACAUAUUCUAAGAAUAUUUUCUAAAAAUUUUACCAGAUUUUAUUUUUGUAUUUUUAACCUUUUUAUGCAUUUUGUACGUUGUAUGCAUAAUGGUCACUGUGUAAAAUGUAUUCCUUGAACAUAAUAAACUUAUUAU